CCAUUAUGGCUCAAAUGACACCAGCUGAGCAGGCAGGGACCUGAACCAAAAUGGCCUCCUCUCCACAGAGACUGACAGGUACCUCAGUGUUGGCAGUUUAAGGACAUGCUGGGGGAAAAAAAGAGUCAUUGAAUCCUCAAAAUACAGAUGAACGGACACCACAGUAUCAGCAAGAGAACGGCUGCCUCCCGUCUGUCUACAUUUAUCAACACUAUCACGUUAAUCUGAAUCGUUAACCCGAGUUCUUGAGGAGAAAAGAUGUUUCUACAGUCUAAUUUGUCUCAGUGAUGACUGGAAUAAGGGAGUUCGGUGGUGACAGCUGUGUGGAUUAUGACUGAAUGGUGACAUUUCUGAGAAUACCAAAAAUGGAUAUGAACAACAAGACAUUAGUUCUUCUCUUCAUCAUUAUCUUCAUAAACUCUGUGUCAGGAGCGAACGUUCCUCCACCUGAUACAUUGAUGGUGAAUAUUUUGGAUGGGGAGGUAAUAAUAUAUUGGAAUCCUCCUAAGAAUGCCCCCUCAAACUCCACGUACAAUGUUGAAAUGGGAAAGUACAAUGGUGAUUGGGGUGAGGUAGAAAGCUGCAUGGGGAUCACAAGGACCUACUGUGACCUUACCAGCCUUAUACAUGACAACAGUAUCUACAAGGUCAAAAUUCAGCUGGUCACAAGAGAUGGCAAAUCUCAGUGGAUAAGCAAGAAAGUUCGCCCAAAUGAAAGCAAACUGCAGCCUCCCUCCUUCACUUUGUUGGCUACUUCCAGCACCCUAUCAAUUUAUGUUCACCAAAAGCCCAUUCUGAAUAAGCUCUUUCCCUAUGGGCUGACCUACACCAUCUACCUGGAUGAGAUAGGAGAAGAUAAUAAGACUACCACAGCAUACCUGAAAGAUGAUGUGGAUCAGAGGAGUAAGACUUUCAGUUCUCUCCAGUGGGGGAAACAAUACUGUGUCAGCAUGAAGGUGGAAGGUAAUGGAGCUCUCCCUGCCAGCAAUAUGUCCCCAAAGCAGUGCCUCCUGCUACCGGAACAAGAAUGGUUCAUAAUUGCUGUAAUAUCCCUGUCUAUUCUGGGUGUGCUGGCAAUCAUUGCUAUUAAUGCAAUCGUCCUGAUGUGUUAUCUGAGACGACCAGAGAAAACACCUGCUGCGUUGAAAUCCCCUAUUAGUCACUGGCUCCCACUCUCUGUUGGAGAGGGGACUAUGGAGGUUGUCACAGACAAAGGAUGGUUCCUGUCCAGUUACAGGGCAGAAGUGAAAAACAGUGUCAAAGACUCAGUGCCCCACGUUACAGUAACAGUAGACAAUGGAGAGGAGGACAGACGGACAAGCAUGGACAGUGGGCUCAGCAUGGAGUCCAAUUCUACUUCAAACAAUGGAGGAAGUCCUCUAAUGAGACAAGAAGACAGUGGCUGCGGCAGCUUGGGAGGACCAGAGAGCUCCACCAGCAGUCAGACAGAUUACCCCUUGCAGGAUGAGAGGACUGAUACUGACACAGUUCGAAAGAGGGAGGACAGUGGAGUAGGGCUGGGCUGUCAGCUUGAUCCUUCUUCCAUGAAUAUGGAUGGGCAGGACAGUGGGCUCCUGAAGGAGCCCAUUCUUCGGGGUAAUUAUCGCACCCAGAGCCCCUCUGCUGUGAAUCGUGUCUGUGAUGACGAUGAGACAUUUAAACAGAUACUUCCAGAAACAGUUUUGGCUGAAGUGGUCACAGGUUACAGGGCUGGACCUCAGUUGUGUAUCUGUUCAGGAGCAGGUCAGUGCACUUGGUGUCAUAGACAAGGUCAUUUUGGAUCUGAAGUCAUCAAACAAUACCGAGCAUUGUGUAUUGAAAAUGGACCACUGAGCAGCAAAUGUGAUUUUGUGGACUCUUACAAAGCAGGGCUCACAUUUUCAAAUUAUUCUAAAAAAUCACAAAUGGACACAGUCAUUAUGGAUGAUUUAAAAAAAACUUUUACACAAAUAGAGGAGACUUUCCCCCUGCUAACAUCUCUAUCAGCACUGCCCCUAGUGGAGGGAGGACAUGACCUCAACAUGAACAAUGUGUCCCUCUCCCUAUGUGACGUACAGCUGACAACUGACUGAUACACUGAGGAAUGUUACAAUACUAUUUAUAAAAUCAGGCUGACGUGACCCAUUUCAGUUGUAUACUGGAAUGAUGCACUCCCUUUUGUACCGGUGAAUGCUGUGGUAUUAUAAUCUGAAGGAAAAAGGUGAGAAAUGUUGGGAGGAAACAGAGUACCCAAUGUCUUGUUAUUGAGGAUAGGAAGGAAAUAGGGGUUUAACCACACAGCUGCUGGCUGGUAGCUGUUGGUUUGAGUCUCAGGAGUUUAUAAAAAUGGAGACUAUUAUGUCAAAGAUCUUAUUCAGUUCCGUCUCAUAAGGUAUAUUUACAACUGACUAAAAUGUAGUAUGCCGGAAAUGAAACUAGUGUGGCGAGCAAUGCAGAGAAACAGUUUAACAGUUACGUGCUUUUGGACAUUUUGCUAUUACACAUCCGCCAACGGUGAACCAACGUCUUAAGUCUCUUGUUUCUCUAUAUCAUAACUCCACUAAUUUGCUAUAUGAAACAAACAAAAAACUGUAUUAAGGAGCAUUUUUUGAUGCUGUGAUCAGCAAAAUUACAGAUUAUUUUUAAUGGUCUCUGGCUCAUCUACUGACUCUCAGAUGUCUUAUACUGCAGUCCUGGCUGUCAUGUUUAAAAGAUUUAUUAGAUAAUAUGAAAAAAAAAUAUUUAUUGUGUAUUUAUGUGAAUAUAUGCUCAUGCUCAUCAUGUGAUGUCACAUGUGAUUAAAAAAAAUCUCUCCCUGGAAUCACCAGUAAAUUUCAUACAUUCACCAUAGAAAAACCCAGUCACUAAACAAAUGUCAUGAUGUUGAUUUUUUAGAAACCAUGACUCAAGCAAACACAAGGAAAACCCUGAAACAACUAAGUGAUACCUGCUGGAAAAAAAAAACAUUACAUAUGGCUUAUCUGCAUUUGGGAUCCCCAUAUGCAAAUUCUGUACAGGAACUUCUGCACAGGAACCCGAGUAGUGGUUUCGAGGCUUCUAAACUAAGAAACAAGUGCUUCCUCUCUCAGCCUUCCACUCAUUUCAAAAAGUCCCACAUUACAUUGACAGCGAAGACAGAAUAAAUAUGAAUAAAAUACACAAAUAUUUCAGCUUGGUUUAAUUUUAUAUAGGUGCUUAUAAUAUUUAUCUCUGUUAAAUAAUAUCUACACAUCAUCUGUUGAAUAAAUUAUGUGCUGCAACAUGUGCUCCUCACCCAGUGCCAACAAAGUUGUUCAAAAAUGUGUUUGGUAUGUGAUUGUUGAUGGCGUCCUACUCUCUGGAAAUACGCUAUUAUAACAUCAGUGUUGAUCAAUUUGUUUUGGAGAACUACAGAUCAAUCUCAAGCCUUCUAUUUCUGGUAAAAAUUCUAUUAAAAAAACGUUGGAUAUCAACAACAAUUUAUCUGUCAUAACAAUUUGUUUGAUGUUUACCAGUCAUAGUACAGAAACUGCCCAGAUCAGAGUUGUUAAUGAUCUUAAAAUCAGCUUAGAAAACCAUAAAGUCUCUAUUUUGAUACUUCAUGACCUUAGUGCAGCCAUCAAUACGGUUGACCAUAUAAUGUUUCUUCAGUGCCUUGAACACUGUUUGGGCUUCAGAGGCACAGUUCUUAACUGGACUGUCCUCCUCCCUCACUGGGAGAUGUUUCUAUUGGUAACUUUGAGUCAGAUGAAAUCAACACUUCAUAUGGAGUCCCUCAAGGUUCAAUUCUUGGUCCACUGUUAUUUAACUUGUAUAGACUACCACUUGGGCCUAUCUUUCAGCAAUACAAUAUUUCAUGUCAUUCCUAUGCUGAUGACACCAAUGCAUUGCCGAUAUCAAAUACUGGAUGGAAAUCUUUACAGCUAAAUGAGGACAAAAAGAUUCUUUUAGUAGGUCCAAAGGCAUUGAGAAAACCUGAUUGAUUCUUUGUUCUCUCCCUUGUUGUUGAAAAAUUGAGUAUGCCAGAAACUUAUGAUUUCAGAUGCUGAACUUAGUUUCUAGAAACGCAUAUCUAAUAUCUUCAAGACUGCCUUUUAUCAUCUCAGAAAUAUAUCUAAAGUUAGAUGCUGAAAAGUUCAUACAUUUAUUUCUGGUAUUAAUUAUUUUAAUACAAUCUUAGCCCAGUGACUGACCAAGUUUUAGUUAGGUUUAAAGUAUGUUAAUAGGUAAAAGUUUUAUCUCAUUAUUAUUAUUCCCUUUGGAUAAUUCCAAUGAUAGCUUAAGCGCUUUUUAUUGUAAUACCUUCUUAUCUUGUCCAAGAAAUUCUGAGUUGAAGGCAAAUGGAUGUGGUUGUAGAUACCUGCAGGAUGGUGUUAGGGUUAGGACACUACACCUCUCAACCAAAAGGCUUCUUCAGUUCAGUUUUUGUCACGUAAAAUCUUUUCCUAAUUUUUGUUUUUCAUCUGGAAGCACAUUGAAUCUACACACUGUAUGUACGUAUGAAAUACGCUGUUUAAAUAAACUUGACUUGACUAAAUGA